GGAGGAGAUUGAGCCAAGUUGAUUACCCGGGUGAAGGGUCUCCGGGGCCGCAUCAACUCUGAAAGUUUACUUUGGUAGUUUCCGAGACGCUCCGAAAUCAACAAAGUCUCGGUUUGUUUACAUGUUGUGUUUCGUGUGUGCUUAGUAGUCUCUUUUUUUUUUCUUACAAGACACGCGAGUUCCAGCUUUUUCUUUCUUUCUUUCUUUCUUUCUUUCUUUCUUUUUUUUUUUGCUGGUCUCUAGAAACGCGGUCCCCGUAAAAGUAGGAUGUUACCGACCCAGGCUGGAUCGGCACAGUCUGGAAACGGAUCGUCACUGGGCAGGGGCAACACGGGACACGGUUCGGGGGUUUCUGUGAGCGGGAUCCGUCCCAUUUUGGUCCGAGCGGGGCAAGUUUUAACCGGGGUCAGUGAGGGUGCCGGUGGACGCGUGGGGCAAAGGGACAGCAUUGGGAUGUUGGGUGGGAACGGUCCGAGGGUCGGGAGACCGGGCAAUGGGACGGGGCUGACCACUCUCCAGACCGCCGGGCAGGGAGGCAUGGCGGGGCUAAUCGCUGGGGUUGGCAUCCAAGGCAGGUUCGACAGGGACGGUGCCGCUGUGUGCAGCGGGUCGGACAAUGACUCGGACUCGGGCGACGACGAUGACCCCAUGGGCUCUGUUGGGGACAGCAGGCGAGGGGUUAAACGCGAGAGAGUGGAGAUGGAGUCUGCGGUGACGGGGCAAGAGGUGGGAGUAACCCCCGGCGGUUACGCCAUGGUCCCCGGGGGUGUCGCAGGGGCAAAGCCGGGGAAGAAGACACGCGGGCGCGUCAAGAUAAAGAUGGAAUUUAUUGACAACAAGUUGAGGCGAUACACAACUUUCAGCAAGCGGAAGACUGGUAUAAUGAAGAAGGCCUAUGAGCUAUCCACACUGACAGGAACUCAGGUGCUACUGCUGGUGGCCAGUGAAACGGGUCACGUCUACACCUUUGCCACCCGCAAGCUCCAACCCAUGAUCACCAGUGAGACGGGUAAAGCCCUGAUCCAAACGUGCCUCAACUCCCCGGAUUCACCGCCACGGUCCGAUCCUUCCACAGACCAACGCAUGAGCGCCACAGGCUUCGAAGAGACGGACCUCACCUACCAAGUGUCGGAGUCUGAGAGCCUGGGAGAAACCAAGGACGCACUAAAACCGGCGUUCACGGUGGCUAGUUUACCGGGCACCACCAGCAGCGCUCAAUCCACAGCGCCCACCACCUUCACCACUAUGCAGGUGAGCAGCGGACCAUCACUACCCAUCACCAACUACCUGGCUCCCGUCUCAGGCAGCGGUAGCGUCAGCGCCAACGGUACCGUCCUGAAGACCACCGGGACCUCCCCAGGGGUCAUGCAGUUGCCCGGCGGCUUCACUUUCAUGCCAGCAGGCACUCCGCUACCUCCCGGCACCCCCACCAUUCCUCUGAGCCAGCUGCAGCAGCACUCCCUGGCCCUCCAGCAGGGGCAACAUGGUCAGUCGCUUGCCGCCGCCAACGCCACCACCGCACCUCAGGGACAGCAGGGACAGCAGGCCGUCUUCCGCUUCCCCACCGCCGUCUCCCUCACAGGUGCAGGGGUGCCACAGCAGCUCCAAGCCAUUCAGGUCCACCCCUCCACCCAGCCCAGCUCCAACAGUGACAGCAGCCCCGAGAUCCCCCAGACCUCCACCAACUCCACUGCAACAGUGAGUCUCCCAGCCACCAUCGUCACCUCCUCUGUCUCCACAUCCAUGGCAAGUCACAUGAUGUACCCGAGUCCGCACACAGUCAUGUAUGCCUCUACACCCACACUGGCCGACGGGGGGUUAGCUGUGCUCAAUGCCUUCUCCCAGGGACCCUCCGCCAUGCAAGUGUCCCACGCACAGGCCCAGGACACAAGUGCUGUCCCUCAGGUGUUCCUCACGGCACCCCCGGGCACAGUGCAGAUCCCAGUUUCAGCGGUGCAGCUUCAUCCAGUACGGCAAGAUCUCCAUUUUACAAAUGGUAAUUGGGCAGCAGUCGAGCGGCAGCAGCAGUAACCUGACGGAGCUCCAGGUGGUCAACCUGGACGCGGCACAGAACACCAAGAGUGACUGACAGACCGACAGAUGGAGCCAUUUUAGCAGUGCGGCGACACAGGCAUGGACAGACUGACUGACAUCUCUAUUUAUUGAUGCCUUCAGAUAGAAUUUCAUGCCACGCCUCCGGGCGUGGCUUUACAGUACAGCUACACACGCAAUCAAGGGCAUAUUUGUGACUCUUUGUGGAUAUAUAAUAUAUAUGGAGUUCAUUUCAUGUCAUCAGAACUUAUUUUCUGUGUCAUGGAUGGUGUUAUUUUUGUGUGUGCAUGUGCGUGCGUGCGUUCGUUCGUGUGUGUGUGCGUGUGUGUGUGUAUGUAUGCUUUUGCAAAACCUGUAAUUAUACGUGUACACGGUUGCGAGUGCCACAGAUUCACACAUGCCAAAGAGACAUUCGUUUGUCUGAAUGUUCAAGUGUGAGCCAGACGUUUGUGUGCACUAGCAUGGGUGCGUCCAUGUGUGCGUAUCUAGGGUUUGUAAAUGGGGGGAGAUGGAUAUUUACUCAAACAUGUGGAAAUGUACAUAUUUUUUUUUUAAUUGAAACCUUGUAUUUUUAGUGUUUUAGUUUGUACAACGGCAUGUAGUUUUUUAUGUAACUGUUUUGUAUGUACAUGGAAAUUAUUUGCAUAAAAUAAUGAUUUAUGUACAUGUUAUAUACGAAUAAGGAAAUGAACGUAAUAUACAGACAUUUUGAUUUACUGUCAUGCAAGCAGGA